AGUCUGUCAGGACCAGGGGCAGGAAAUGGGUGUAUAAACAGCCUUAUGCACCCCAGCCCCUUUCAGCACACAUUGGUUGACUCGUUACUGGACGGAGGGUGCACACUCACUGUGAUGCCCAGAUAAACGGUGGCCUCUGAGACCCACGCUGAAGCUUAGUGGGGGUGCCUCGGGUCCUGCAGUCAGACCUCUGAUCUCACAUCUGGUUCCCACACUGAGUUGGGACAAGAAAAAUGGAAACCUCGGUCAAUGGGAUUGAGACUGGCAGUGAUGCUGUGGAGACUACACCCUAUGACUACGAGUUGGCAACGCCAUGUAUAAAGGUCAAUGUCAAGGAUGUGGGGGCCCACUUCCUGCCCCCACUGUAUUCCCUGGUGUUUGGGGUUGGUCUGCUGGGCAAUGUAGCCGUGGUGGUGAUCCUCACAAAAUACAAGAGGCUCCGGAUUAUGACCAACAUCUACCUGUUCAAUUUGGCCAUUUCUGACUUGCUCUUCCUAUUCACGCUGCCAUUCUGGAUUCACUAUAUUUUGCGGAAGGAGUGGGGUUUUGGCCACCAUAUAUGUAAAUUCCUCUCUGGGCUCUACUACCUGGGCUUGUACAGUGAGAUCUUCUUCAUCAUCCUGUUGACCAUAGACCGGUAUCUGGCCAUUGUCCAUGCUGUAUUUGCCCUUCGAACCCGGACCAUCACUUUUGGUAUCAUCACCAGUGUCUUCACCUGGAUCCUGGCAGGGCUAGCAGCCCUCCCUGAAUUUAUCUUCUAUGAGUCCCAAGAGGAGUUUGGAGAUGUUGUCUGCAGUCCUCUUUACCCAAAGAAUGGAGAAAAUACCUGGAAGCUUUUCCAUGCCCUUAGGAUGAAUAUUUUGGGUCUUGCUCUGCCUCUGCUCAUUAUGGCUGUCUGCUACUCAGGAAUCAUUAAAACACUGCUGAGAUGCCCCAGUAGAAAAAAAUACAAGGCCAUCCGGCUCAUUUUUGUCAUCAUGGUGGUCUUCUUCAUCUUCUGGACACCCUACAACCUGGUUCUCCUUCUCCUUGCUUUUCAAAUAAACCUGGAGGCCAGCUGUGAACAGAGCAAACAGCUGGACCUGGCCCUGCUGGUGACAGAGGUGAUCGCCAAUUCACACUGCUGCGUCAACCCCGUAAUCUACGCCUUUGUUGGUGAGAGGUUCCAGAAGCACCUCCGCCACUUUUUUCACAGACACGUGGCCAUCUACCUGAGCAAAUUCAUCCCAUUUAGUCCUAGUGAAAGAAUGGAAAGAACCAGCUCUGUCUCCCCAUCAACGGGAGAACAGGAACUCUCUGCUGUAUUUUAGGUCAGAUGCAGAACAUUGUCUGAAGAAGAUGAAGCAAAUACAUUGACCUCUAUACCAGUCCAGCACAGCACUGAAGCUCUGAAGACAUUAAAAUAUAUACACAAUGGUGGAGGUAUAUCUAUGCACCCCAAAGUCAUUACCAAAGGUCAAUGGUUGGGCAGUGACUCGUGGUCAACCCUGAAGAGCAGAGCUUUGCUUGAUUCUCUCAAGAGUUACAUACAUUUUAAUGCACCUGAAGUUAGUUACUAUAUGCAGCUACAAACAAGUAAAGCUUAUCUUCUUUUACUUCAGCCAGUUAUUGACAUAAAUGAAACAUAUUUCACAAAAUACAAUAAAUCGAUUGCAUUACUUCUAAA